GAAAGGCUGACAGCCCGGGUCAUGCUGUGUGUGAGUGGCUGUGAGUCAGAGAGGACCAGCUGCAGGUCAGGACCAGAGCACAAAGGGAACCUCACACCAUUCAGCCCAUCAGACAAGCAGAAGCAACAUGGACCCCCAACCACUCUCCACCCUCAUAGUUCUGCUACUGCUCCACACUACAGCCGGGCAUGAUGACGGUUGGUCGAUGAAGGUGCCCCCGGAGGUGCGGGCCAUAGAGGGGUACCCGGUGGUGCUCCCCUGCUCCUUCACCCACCCGCACCGCACGCACCACUCCUCCAUGCUGGUGCUGUGGAAACUGGGUCACGGCGCGAUGGGCACCGUGCUCUUCCAGUGCUCCAGCCAGAACGACAGCCACCACUGCCAGACGCAGCCGCACCAGGACCACCGCUACCGCCUGGAAGGCAACCCGCACGAACACGACCUGUCGCUCCGGAUCAACAGCGCCGCCCUGGAGGACAGCGGCCGCUACUACUGCCACGUGGAGCUGCCUGGCUACCCACGCGCCAGCUACGAGAACAAGAUGGGCACGCGCCUGAGAGUAGAAGCUGCCCCCCGGAUCCUGGGUCUGUCAGUAGAGGGCAGUGAGGAGUCAGGGUACAGGGCUCUGUGCCGUGUCCAGGGCUCCCCUCUUCCAGACAUCCAGUGGAGUGGGCCCGAGGAGCUCCUGGAGGGCGCUGAGGCUUCCCCCCUUUCCCAGGAGGCUCCUUCCCAGCAUCACAUCUCCAGCCUUCUAAAGGACAUCACCCCUGGAGAGCAGUACGUCUGCAGUGCCUCCAACCCCCUAGGGAGGGACCAGGCCACCCUCUACCUGCUGCCCCCUACCCCUAACCAGCCUUCCUCUGGAGCUGCUCCCCUCUUGCUGCUAAUCUCCUUCUCCUUGGGAGCAAAGGUGAUCUUGCUCUUGGUAUGGGGUGCCUGGCUGGUGAGAGAAGGGGGUCUGGCCUCCUGGGUCAGCUGUAAGGCCCAGUGACACACACUUAAUCAUUCAGCUCUUUUGCAUACACAGUUCAAUCACCAGCCCCAUUUCAGUUUCACACUAAAGAGAUCAUCCACCAGAUGACUGGGCUUUU